AUUUGCUUCGCACGAGUACACCCUUCACUUCCCGACAAGACUCGAGUUUGUGGUGGAGCGUAGAAGCUGGGAGGAUUCUGGGAAGCACGUUAACAGUUGAAGGAGGACGACGAUCGGAAGGUGGGUCUGCGAUGGCUUCUCUCCCGUCAACAACCUUCACGCCAGCGACCUUCUCCUCCGCCAAAUCGCCGUCAUUGGCGCCGAGGACAGUCGCAUCCUUGGCGGCCAAUAAGUUCUCCGCCUACCCAUCUCCGUCGUCUCUUUCGCCGCGCGCGUUGACCGUCGUGGGCAACCCGGUGCCUGGGCUCAGGUCCAGAACCAGCGGGACCUUUCGCUGCUUCGCUUCUGUAUUAACUCCACAACUCAAGAGUACACUGGAUACAGUGGUUAAUUCGCACAAGGUGGUUUUGUUCAUGAAGGGAACUAAGGAUUUCCCUCAAUGUGGGUUUUCAAACACCGUUGUGCAAAUACUGAGGUCCUUCAAUGUACCUUUUGAAACUAUAGAUAUUCUUGAAAAUGAACUACUCCGUCAAGGUCUGAAGGAGUACUCCAGCUGGCCGACCUUUCCUCAACUUUAUAUUGAAGGAGAGUUUUUUGGAGGGUGUGACAUCACCGUUGAGGCAUACAAAAGCGGGGAGCUGCAGGAACUACUGGAGAAAGCAAUGUGCACCUGAUGUGCUCUUUGAUUCAGGAAGAUUGAUAUUUGUUGGUGGGAUGCGGAAGUUUCUGAGGAUUUGCUCUAGGAUGCCGGAGAAAUUUGUAUAGAACAUCUCAUUGUUGGAUGCUUAACUUUACAUGUAAAAUAACUGCUAAAAAUUUGCC